GUUCCAUUUUUGUUCUUCACUAGUCACUCCCGUACAUAUAUGCAAAUUUUGUUUAUAAGUCCAAAUUCUUGACUUGUUUUUCAUCUCAACUGAUCGGAAUCCAUGGCGACGGUGGAGACAGACGACGGUGCUGCUAAGCUCCGGUCUCAGUUCCUUCAUGUCCUUCGUAGCCGUCGUCCUUCUGAAGUUCCACUAUCUGUAAUACCUGGGAAACCUGUGAAGGAUCCUUUCUUUCAGGAAUCUCCAAAGCCAAACUUCAGUGAGGCAAUGGCAUCAUGCCCAAAGGAAGAGAUACCCAAUUUUAAGGAACUGCUUCAAGAGGAAAAUUUCUACCUGACUACUGAGGACGGAGUGCAAGGGCUCUUGCCUGUAUUGGUAUUGAGCAUGAAAGAAAGUGAAAAGAAAAGGAGGCCUACUAUUGUUUUCCUGCAUAGCACGAACAAAUGCAAAGAGUGGUUGAGGCCAUUGCUUGAGGGAUAUGCUUCAAGGGGAUAUAUCGCUGUUGCAAUUGAUUCUCGAUACCAUGGAGAACGUGCGACCAGCAUCACAACCUAUCGAGAUUCCUUAGUGUCAUCGUGGAAAAAUGGAGAUACGAUGCCGUUCAUAUUUGAUACGGUUUGGGAUUUGAUAAAACUGGCAGAUUAUCUUACUGAGAGGGAAGAUGUUGACCCAUCAAAGAUAGGAAUCACUGGGGAGUCUCUUGGAGGUAUGCAUGCGUGGUUUGCUGCAUUUGUCGACACUCGCUAUUCUGUGGUUGUCCCCAUAAUUGGUGUUCAGGAUUUUGGAUGGGCAAUUGAGCAUGAUAAGUGGCAAGCAAGAGUUAACAGUAUCAAGGCUGUCUUUGAAGGAGCACGUGCUGAUUUAGACAAGAGUGCAAUUGACAAAGAAAUAGUUCAGAAGGUCUGGGACAGGAUUGCCCCGGGUUUGGCCUCUCAAUUCAAUGCACCAUACACAGUUCCAACUAUUGUACCACGCCCGUUACUGAUUUUAAAUGGGGAAGAUGAUCCUCGUUGCCCACUAAGUGGCCUGGAAAUUCCAGAAUCAAGAGCUUGCAAAGCUUAUGAAGAGGCUAAUUGUCCUCAGAAUUUCAAGCUGAUAGCGCAACCUGGAAUUGGUCAUCAAAUGACGCCAUUGAUGGUAAAAGAAGCAAGUGACUGGUUUGACAGAUUUCUUAAAGUAUAAUCACCAGUGCUUGAAUCUACAGUCUCAAACACAUUCUUGUCUUAAGGAUUCAAUGAUAGUUCCUACAAUAAAAUCUUGAAGGAUAAGUGUUAAAGAUUGCAAUUUGUAUUAUUUGCUUGUAUUUGGGAUUCCAUUUCUUUUCAUAUUAUGUUUUCCACGUGGGAUUGAUAUUUGGCGGAAGAAUUGGAGAAGUUGAGUAUUUAAGGAAAAUGAAAGUCUACAAACCAAAUUGUUCUUUAUUACAAUGAAAUGUUGUGGGAUCUUAAAGGUA